AUGAAACGGGUGCUGCUGCUCAUUUCCCUUCUUCUUGUAGGGUUAUCUUCGGCGCACCCCGAUGCGAAAUAUCCACCGCGGAAGGCAACAUUCAAAGCGGCGCGCAGUCCUCUUGCUAGGUUUAAUGAUCUCGUAGUCGAAGGUCCGAAUGCCGUACCGGUCGCCGCAACGAGCUCUCCCUUGGAAUGCUUUCAGGUUGCCGAGCCGGUAUUAACGCCGCAAGGGCCUACGUUUCGCGAUGGUGUUCAUGUGCCGACGGCGGAUUCGGCUUCGACCGGCGAAGUAGCUGGACGCACGGUAGUUUUAUUUGAACACUCUUUCGCAAAUAGCUAUGGCGCCCCCUACGUUGGCAAUUACACCCCUCCAGAUAUCGAAUUCGAUCACGUAGUCAUCAACUUCACCGUCCUAGUUAAGGGGCGGCAGUAUGAUCGAACGGGCGUCUUCUAUCUUGGAGAUACGGAGGUGUGGAGGACGUCAACUGCGGAACCGACUUCGUAUGGCAUCCGCUGGGUCUGGCUUAAGGACGUAACCCCGUUUACGUCCCUCUGGAAAGCGCCGCAGACUGUGAUCUUCGAUCUGGAGAAUAUUGUGGACGACACCUACACGGGACUACUCAACACAACUCUCUCGGCUACCUUCUUCAAGAGCCCCGUGGCGGCGCUUAGCAGCCGGGGACCCGCCGAUCUGAUCAUUCCCAUCUCUGAACGAACGGGAUCUGCGGGACAGCCGAGUCAAUUCACCUACCCGCAGCAGAAUGCGACUAACACCAUAAGCUUCCCCCAGAACGCAAACCGCGCCGUAUUCACAGUAGACGUCAAAGCUCAGGGUGAUGAAGAGUUUUGGUGGAGCAAUGUGCCGCAAAGUGCUAUUCAUACAUUUGACGCCGACUAUGGCACAUAUCCUGGUUACUCCCCUUGGCGAGAAGUCCAGGUCUUAAUCGAUGACCAGCUUGCUGGAGUUUCUUGGCCAUUCCCGGUGAUUUACACGGGUGGCGUAGUUCCUCAGCUACACCGUCCAAUCGUCGGAAUAGAAGCGUUCGAUAUCAGGGAGCAUGAAAUUGACAUCACCCCGUGGCUACCGCUCCUUUCUGAUGGGAAAGACCACACUUUCACUAUACAGAUUAUCGGUCUAGUCGACGACGGAGUAUCAAGCGCUUCCCUUGCCCCAGUCGCAGCCAGUGAGUGGUACAUCACCGGUAAGAUCUUCGUUUGGCUUGACGACGAGGGCUCUGUCACAACUGGGGAAUUGGGUUCUACGUACGCUAGCAGCCCUAGCAUUUCCUUCUCCCAAAAGGUCACACAAAACUCGACGGGCUUUAAUGAGACCCUCGAUUAUACUCUAGCGGUCACACGUACGCUAUCCAUCAGUUCCUACGUCAAGACGCAAAAUGGCGAAGGGACCGUGACGUGGACUCAGUCCCUAUCGUAUUCGAAUAAUGGCGGCGUUUCCGCAUACGGUAAUGACGCUAUCAAUACGUUUGGAAUCGCAGGUGCCGAUGCAGCCACGGGUGCAGGCCUAGAUAUCUCUUACUCUACUAGCUACAGCUAUCCGCUGUACUGCGGUAGUUCCACGACCUACCUACCAGAAGGCAACUUAACGCUUCGGGCAGAUCUAAACCAGAGCUUAACCCAUGAAGUCCGUGGCGACUCCGUCUUUCCUAGCGGCCUUGAAGCAUUCAUAGCCGCCAACGCGACUGACGCAUCGCAAUUCCGGGGCUCGGUACUGAGCACGUCGAAGAACGGGUCAGCGACGUAUUACAGACCGGCGGAUAAUAGCUACAGCUCCGGGGUUGGCCAGUCGCACCAGAUCUUCUCGUUUGAAGCGCUAAGUGACGAGGGCGACGACGGUACGUCUGAUAGUACAGUGCUAUACUAUCGAGACGUUAGCGCGUAUAAUGAUACGGUCGUUGAUAAUCAUGUCGAGUUUUUGGGUAAUACCGUAGGAUAG